UAUCAGCUUCUUCUGAUAAUCAUCUGUUAAUCUUUCAUAUAUUGAUCACCAAAGUACACUCCCCUUUUGUCUGAUAAAAAUGUGCAGUUCUACGGCUAAGGUGACCUUAGGUGUUGAAGUAAUGCCUCCGGUGGCUAAAAUCAAUGGCCGUCCGGUGCUUCAGCCGACUUGCAAUCGGGUUCCUAGCCUAGAAAGGCUUAAUUCCCUCAAGAAAGUACCAUCGAACACACCUCCACCUCCACUUCCAUUGUCACAACCGGAAGGCAUUGCUAGGCCUAAUAAGGUCCCAAUGACUCCGCCAAUGUCUCCCAAGUCCAAGUCCCCACGGCCACCGGCUAUUAAGCGAGGUAAUGAGACUAAUGGGUCCUUGAAUUCUAGUUCUGAGAAGGUUGUGAUUCCCAGAAUUAACACCACAAAGAUUACUGCAACUCCAUGCUUGGAGAAGAAGAAGUCAAAGAGUUUUAAGGAGAGAAGUAGCAUUAAUGUUGAGGCUUCUUUGAGUUAUUCUUCUUCUUUGAUUGUUGAAUCACCUGGAAGCAUAGCUGCUGUGAGGAGAGAACAAAUGGCACUUCAGCAACAGCAAAGGAAGAUGAGGAUUGCUCACUAUGGGAGGUCAAAAUCUGCCCGGUUUGACUAUAGCGUUGGCACCGAAGAAACAAAGAGUACCGAUGCUGAGGAAGAGAAAAGAUGCAGCUUCAUCACUCCAAAUUCAGAUCCAAUCUAUGUUGCUUACCAUGAUGAAGAAUGGGGAGUUCCUGUCCAUGAUGAUAACUUAUUGUUUGAGUUGCUGGUUCUAAGUGGUGCUCAAGUUGGUUCAGAUUGGACUUCAAUCCUGAAGAAAAGGCAGGAUUUCAGGGAUGCAUUUUCUGGGUUUGAUGCAGAAACUGUUGCCAGCAUCACUAAUAAACAAAUGGUGUCAAUCUGUGCACAAUAUGGCAUUGAUAUAAGCAGAGUUAGAGGUGUUGUUGACAAUUCCACCAGAAUUCUUGAGAUCAAAAGGGAGUUUGGAUCGUUUGAGAGAUAUAUAUGGGGGUUUGUGAACCACAAACCCAUCUCUACUCAGUACAAAUUUGGCCACAAGAUCCCAGUGAAGACAUCAAAAUCAGAGACCAUAAGCAAGGACAUGGUUAGGAGGGGAUUUCGGUUCGUCGGUCCGACCGUGGUUCAUUCAUUCAUGCAAGCCUCCGGUCUAACCAACGACCACUUGAUCACUUGCCACAGGCACCUCCCUUGCACCCUCUUGGCCAACCCUCGCCGGCCGGUCGAGACCUCCAUUGAUCAACCCUAAUUUGCAGUCACAUUCAUCACAGGAAAGGAGAAACAAAAAUUUACCAAGAGUAUAUAUAAGUUUAAUUAAGGUCAUUUGAUUUUUUCUAACUUGCAAAACAUGGUUUUGUGAUCACCUUUGUGUAUAAAAUAAUAUUAGGGAAUAGUAGUGCUGGAACCCUAAAUAGUUAACGUGGGUUUGUGACAUGUAACUUGUGAGUGAAUGAGUGAGUGAGAUGCUGUGAGAUUUUAUUUUACUUUGUUUUGAUGAUAUAUUGGUGAUAGUGAGUGAUUGGAAUAGGUCAAUUAGAGAGAAGAAAAAGGAGGGUUGGGAGUGGAGGAGACAGAGAGCAUGUGCAACUGUGCAUAUGGGAGGCAAUGGCAUGUGUUUGGGUGUCAGUUUGCCUUUUUUUUUUAAAAAUUCCAUGUGAGACCAUCACACAAUUGCAUUAUUUGUAGGACCAUGACCUCCAUCUCUCUCUCUUUUGGGUUGGGUUUGAGUUGUAGUUUCUGACUUUUGAGAGGGAAUAUUAUACCUCUUCUCUUUAGCUUUCUUUAUAUAUGCAAUGUAUCCUUUGGAUUUGGCUUGUGGGAUUUCUUUGAGUGAUGUAUCAUGUGCUUCUCUGUACUGUUUUGGUGACUGAAUAUAUAUAUA